AGAUAAGUCCGUCUACAAGAAAGGCAAGGCAAAUUAUGCGUAAACCCCAUUGAGACUCUCUAACUCAAAAUCACUCUGCAAAAAGUCUGCAAUUAUCACUCUCCCCGACCCAUUCCAACCCCCCGUGUCUCUGUCCACCACCACCACCGCUGUCUCCAAAUUCAACACAAUAAUCAAAGCUUCCUAACUUUCUAUCCUUCACCCAUAAUCAUCGAUCCAUCACCGUCCCUUAUUAGUCCGAUCAAAUUUUCAGUUCAUCAUCAUAUUACAAACCCUUCUCAACAAGUUCCAGUUAGGGCCCUGCAGGCAUCGAUUACCAUCAUAUAUGGCACUGAAUUUGAGUUGUUUCAACCCUCCUACUAUUUCUCCCCUCUUUUCAUCAGGAAGACAAAUAAACCAGCAGCUGAUUGUGACGGUGGCAGGGUCAAAGAGGGAGGGAUCUCCGGCGGGGUUGGUGGUUGUGGCGAAAUCAGCCGCCGGCGACAGCGGCGGAGGAACAUCAGGGAGUGGUGUUGGCAAGUACAAAGGGACACUGAUGCGGGAGAAGCAACUGACGGAGAUGAUUGAGAAGAAAGUGAUGGAAGCGAAGCAAGUUUGCGGGGAUGAUCUGAGCAGCGAUGAAUGCAGGGUUGCGUGGGACGAGGUGGAAGAAGUCAGCCAGGCCAAAGCCGAUCUCCGCCUCAAGCUGGAAGUUAUGCAUCAGGAUCCCCUUGAGUCUUUCUGCCAGGAAAACCCUGAAACCGACGAGUGCCGCCUCUAUGAAGAUUGAUGAUGAUUAAUUAGCCUCUCUGUUUUUGGAUACUUCCUUUUUUUUUUUUCUUGUCUAAUUAACUCUCUCUCUCUCUUUCUCUCUCUCUGUGUGUAUACCAUUUGCAUUUUAGCAGAAAAUUUGUUCACUUUUUAAGUGUUUGAAUCUUGCAAGCGAAUUUAAUUGCGUUCUGUUUUACUCUGUUUUUCUGAUGUAGUAGUGUGCUUCAAAUUUCAUCUCCAUGGAUUGCUAGUUUGCUGGAUUCUACUCCCUCUGACCAGAAGAGGAGUACAAAUUCUUAGGUUGUUUAUUGUAUCUCAUUAAAUAAAUGAAGUUAAAUGCUUAUUAAUGCUGCAGCUCAUAGAAAUUUUGAUCCGCUUCCGAUUGCCUCAGGAUCACUGCAAACCACCGGCGACAAUAAUUCUGGCUAUGCUUCCGCACACCGACACAACUUUUUUUUUUUUUUUUUUGGGUCUCACGCCUUUAACGUGUCUUCGUGAUUGCAUUACGCUUGUUGUCAUUCUUAAUUGGGUCACUUACUUGAAAGCAAGUAAAAAGUUGCAAUAAGAAGCAUAUUUUUCUUACUCACCGAGUAUGUAACGCCUCUUGGCCAAUGCGAUGGUGCCGGUUCAAGAAAAAAUGUUGAUGCUUGAAGUAAUUAUUUCAGUAUCGUUGCUUUGCCAGAUAAUCCCUUCAAAGAUACCACAAAUAAAG